UGGGGCAGAAUAAAUUUACGGCAUCGUCAAGCGCACUACUACAAUAAAGGAUUGAUGACAAAAUCACCCUUCAUUUCACCACUGGGAACCAAUCUGGUGACAUCUGAAAAUGAUGUUGCCAAAACGUCUCAUCGUUGGCUUGAUAAGCCUUUGUCUUAUGAUCAGAUGCACUGGUGGUACUGAGAGGUGUGGGGCCUCCAUUAGAGGGGCGUGUCCUCCUGCUUGGAGCCAGUGGGGUAACAAAUGCUACCAAAAACACAGCGAAAAUCUACCAUGGGCUGAGGCAAACCAGGAGUGCAUCAAAAUGGGAAGUGUCUUGGUCAUGCCACAGUCUCAGGAGGAAACUGAGUUCCUUCUGAAGAACCUGGCCCCCUUCUUUCGGAUCAACUGUAAUGAUCUUCAAGUUGAAGGUACAUGGGUGUGUCAAGAUGGCACUACUGAUGUGGAGUACAGAAACUGGAGGGUGGAGCCUGCGGAACCUAAUAAUGGCGCGGGAGGAGAGGAUUGUGCAGUAGCAGACGAAACUGGUUGGAAUGAUGUAUCAUGUGAGUUUCAUGCUCCCACUAUCUGCAAACGGCCUGCACCACAACUGCACUUUUAAAUGGCAACAAAAAGACUCACUCCUCACAAAAAGUAAAGCUCACAAACCUACUUAAUUAAGUAAAUAAAAAAAUUGAAGGAAAUCAUGUAGAAAGCAUUGUGAAUAGGCAAUUGAACUCUUUGAACCAUCGUAGCUUUAGGACAAAAAAAAUGGAAAAAAUGGUUUCGUUGAUGGUAGUCCUUAUAAAAUACUUGAGAAAAGAAAUGUGGAAACAAUUGUUCGUUAUUGAUUGAUAAAUAUCUUUGUUCAUUUUCACAGAUUUUCAAUUUAGUUCCUCAUUUUCAAUGUUCAGUGUUGCCUGGGCAACAAAUGUAUCAAUUGGCCAC